AUGACCAAUUCUAAAAGAUAUGUCAGAUUUGAUGCUGAUGUUGAUGUUGAAACGGCUGAGCCAGAUCCUUCAUCUUUGAAGAAAGAUGACCCAAAAAUCGCGAGAAAGCUUUCACGAGCUUUUUCAGAAGAUUAUGCAAAAACCGACAAGACGAUACUUGAUCCACGAGGCGAAGCUACUCAUAAAUGGAACCAACUGUUUCUAAUAGCGGCUCUUUUCUCACUUGCUGUGGACCCUCUUUUCUUCUACCUGCCGGUGAUCAAGGAGGACAUGUGUUUGGAUGAAGAUGUCACACUUAAGAUAACACUCACUAUCAUCCGUACAAUGGUUGAUUUGAUGUAUGCAAUCAAGAUAUAUGUUAGGUUCCGUACAGCUUAUGUUGCACCUUCAUCCCGUUUGCUUGGAAGAGGCGAGCUGGUUCUAGAUUCCUCUAGUAUUUCUGAGAGGUAUCUUAAGGGUGAAUUCUGGCUCGACUUCUUGGCCACCCUUCCUGUUCCACAAGUAAUGACUUGGUUCCACAUUGUUGAUACAACAGAAAUGAUGAGUACAAAGACGAGUGUCCUAUAUUUUAUCAUGAUUCAGUUCUUCUUGAGGCUCUAUCUCACAUUUAGACUCGGAACCCACAUUUCUAAGCAAGCAGGUCUUGUGGCUAAUGUGGCAUGGGUUGGGGCUGCUUACAAUCUAUUGCUUUUCAUGUUGGCUGCUCAUGUGAUUGGAGCAAUGUGGUAUCUUUUAGGGAUUGAGAGGCAAGGGCUUUGCUGGGUAGAAGUAUGUGACGCUGAAACAGAAUGUAAACAUCGAUAUUUUGACUGUGUAAAUGUGAAUCUUCCUCUUCGGGAAGCAUGGUAUCCAACGAGCAAUGUCACGCGUAUAUGUGCUGAUACCAAUGAAUAUAAAUAUGGACUGGUUGAGGAUUCAGUUGGCUACAGUAUUGCUUCUGCCACUUUCUUUAAAAAAUACUCCUACUGUCUCUGGUGGGGACUCAGAGGCUUAAGUUCUGCAGGACAAGAACUUCAAGCGAGUCCAUUUCUUGCAGAAUCACACUUUUGCAUACUCAUAGCGAUUACUGGAUUGAUUCUCUUUGCUUUGUUAAUUGGCAAUAUGCAACAAUACCUCGAGUCAAGAACUAAACGACUAGAGGAGUACAGGGUGAAACGAAUGGAUACCGAGCAAUGGAUGCAUCACAGGCAUCUGCCAAAUGAGUUAAGAGAGCGUGUGCGUAGACACGACCUAUACAAAUGGAUUACAACACGAGGGGUUGAUGAAGAAGAAAUUCUCCAGGCCCUUCCACUAGAUAUCAGGAGAGAGAUCAAACGUUACGUCUGUGCUGAGCUCGUUAGAAGGGUUCCUCUAUUUGAUCAAAUGGAUGAGCGUACUGUGGAUGCAAUAUGUGAAAGACUAAAACCCAUGAUCUGCACACCUGGAACUUGCCUAGUUCGAGAAGGAGACCCCACUAAUGAAAUGUUGUUUAUCAUGCGGGGUCACUUAGAUUCCUACACUACAGGCGGGGGGAGAUCUGGUUUCUUGAACCAAUGUGAGAUUGGCCCGGGUGACUUCUGUGGCGAGGAGCUGCUGACGUGGGCACUUGACCCACGUCCAAGUGUCAUCAUUCCAUCAUCCACACGCACAGUCACCGCGAUUACUGAAGUGGAAGCUUUUGCUCUCACAUCAGAAGACUUAAAAUUUGUGGCCACACAGUUCCGUAAGCUGCACAGCAAGAAACUAAGACAUACCUUCAGGGUUCACUCACACCAAUGGAGAACUUGGGCUGCUUGUUUCAUACAAGCAGCUUGGAAACGGUACAAAAGGCGAAAACUAGCUGGACUUCUCAGGGCUAAAGAGAGUCUCAGCAGACGAACUAGAUCAGGGAGAAAGGUAACGGGCUUAUCGACAUUGGAAACAGGAGUAAGAAGAGGCCGUGGAUAUGACGAUGAUGAUGUCAUUCGAAGCCCAGUUCCAAAACCGAAGGAUCCAGAGUUUUUAGAUGACAGUCACCACUGAAUUGAGAUUUUGGUCUAAUACUGCAUGUAAAAACGUUUUGCAUUCUGUAAUUGAUGCCUGAUUCCAAACAUU